AUGAAUUCUUUCCAACUUGAUGCAUCCAUCCCAGAUGAAACUGCCGCUGUUAAAUUUCUUCAAAAGCGUGGUUUAGUUCCUGAAACAAAGGAAUGCGAAAAUGGCCAUGAAAUGAAGCUAUCUUUUGGCGCAGUGAUUAGAUGGAGAUGCAACCUUAGAAGCUGCAGAAAACAGGUGGGAGUGCGGGUCGGAACAUGGUUUCAGGGGACCAAAAUGCCAUUAAAAACGGCAAUUAUGUUUAUCUAUUUUUGGGCAAAUAAGGAAUCGUCCGGAGAAAGAAUGAAAAGGGAAUUGGACGUGUCUCCAGUUACUACAGUGGACUGGAACAGUCUUCUCAGGGAAGUGUGCCUUUUUAUGGAGAAAAAGGACGAAAGUAAGAUAGGAGGAAAGGGAUUAACUGUGGAGGUUGAUGAAACCCUCUUUGCGCGGAGGAAGAAUCAUGCCGGAAGAAUGCUAGGGCAGCAGAGGUGUUUCGGAGGGGUUUGCAGGGAGACCAAGGAGUGUUUCGUGGAGCCUGUGGCGGAUCAGACUUCAGAAACGUUAAUGGAAGUGCUGAAGAGAAGGGUGGCUCCAGAAACGCUAAUAAUCUCAGAUAUGUGGAGGGGAUACUCCCAAGUAAGUGCUUCUGGGUAUGAGCACUUAAAAGUGAACCAUAAAUAUAAUUUUGUGGAUCCACUGACGAAUGCUCAUACCCAGAACAUUGAAAGGGUCUGGAGAUCCGUGAAGGAGAGGUCCAAGAAGCAUAAUGGGACGCACAGAAGCAUGUUGGAGGGAUACAUGCAUGAAUUUACUUGGAGGAAGAAAAAUAAAGAUAAUGAAUUUGAGUCCAUUUUAAGGGACAUUAUUAUCUUUAAUGAGUAUUUAAAUGAGUAA